CUGGAGACACGUAGUGGGGACCAGUUCGGACGUGCCCCACACGACGCCACGUCACCACCCCACGUCGUGUCGAAGGGCAGCGCCGCGGCGGGCGCUCCUCGAACCUCUCUAUAAACCGCCCACUGGACACGGCCACUCCAUUUUAGACUCUACUCCCCGCUUACGAUUCAAGUCAGCGGUUUAGGGUUCGAGAUCUCGGCAUUGCGCCGCGGAAGCCAUGGCGACAAGCACACUUAGUACCGUGAAGGUGAGCAAUGUAUCACUGAAAGCAGCACAGCGUGAGAUAAAGGAAUUCUUUUCCUUUUCUGGUGACAUUGUGCAUGUUGAAAUGCAGAGUGGCGAUGAACUUUCUCAAGUUGCCUACAUUACUUUUAAAGACAACCAAGGAGCUGAGACGGCAAUGCUUCUCACGGGAGCCACAAUAGUUGAUAUGGCUGUAAUCGUCACGCCAGCCAAUGAUUAUGAGCUACCAGCUUCUGUUUUAGCUGCUCUUGAGCCUAAAGACACAAAACCUUCUGCCCUUCAAAAGGCCGAGGACAUUGUUGGGACCAUGCUGGCAAAGGGAUUUAUCCUCGGUAGAGAUGCACUGGACAAAGCAAAAGCUUUGGACGAGAAGCACCAGCUCACGUCAACUGCCACAGCUAGAGUGUCUUCCUUUGACAAGAGAAUAGGCCUAAGUGAGAAGAUCAGUGUUGGCACUUCAGUUGUAAAUGAUAAAGUGAAGGAAAUGGAUCAGAAAUACCAAGUCUCUGAGAAGACAAAGUCAGCGCUGGCAGCUGCUGAACAGAGUGUCUCGACCGCUGGAUCUGCUAUCAUGAAGAACAGGUAUGUUCUCACCGGAGCAGCAUGGGUAACCGGUGCUUUCAGCAAGGUCACCAGUGCUGCCAACGAUGUUGGUGCAAAGGCUGAGGAGAAAAUAGCAGUCGAGCAGGAGGACAAGAAUGCCGAGGGUGGGCCUGGACAAGCAAACAUCUCAGAUAUCCCUGCAGCACACAGGGAGUUGGACAGUGAAUUCGCAAACAUACAUGUCUCUGAAACCCCUGAAGAUGUUCCCAUCUCUACCGUGACUGUCCCCGCUGUUACAGAUGAGGAGCCCAGCACGGCCACUCCAGCAGCUGAAGUUUCUAAAAAGCCAGAAGCUGCGCAGGGAUUAAUACUAUAAGUGAUACAGUUUUGCUUCAUACAUGGAUGCAAUGUAAAUAGACAUGAAAUGAGGUAGCCAUUGAACUCAUUUGUGAUGUUGUGGUUGACAUCAUCAGAUCGAACCCUCUUUGAAGGUUGAAAAUGAUUGGGACCUGAAGAAUUUUGCAAUUUGUACCUGGUACUUUUUAUCAAAUUAUCAGUCUUACCUGGCAGUGGGAAACUGGGAAAAUGGAAUUUAUUGCUUCUGGAGCUGUGCUGAUACUGGUCCAUCUAUUGUUUCUUGGUAUAGCAAUUGCUUCUGUUUGAGAGAUUAUUAUGGCUGUUAACGAGGGAGCUGUAGUUCCACGUGUGCUGCACAUUUGCGUUCCUGAAGCAGCAGCUUUCUGGAACAUGACCGAAUUAUUUGGACGAUUGUCCUGUUUGAAUGUUGUAGUUUUAAAAAACCAUGGUAUCAGAGACCAAUCUCGUAUUUGAAGCAUUUAUAUCAUAUCCUGUCAGUGAGCCUCGGAAGGUUGGAAACCUAAGA